AUGUACAAACUUCAAACCAAAAGGAUAAAUGCUGCUGCUGGGCAGAUGUGGACUUCAAAUCUCUCCAAAAUCAGACAAUCUCUUAAAAAUGUUUACCAUAAAUGUAAGAACCAUCACCCAUAUUCAACUAGAAAUCCAACUAUGACUUCCUAUGGUUGUGAUCAAGAUGACAUUAGUACUGAUGAAGAAAUGAGUGUUAUAGGAAUGCUCCAAGAUAUUAAAACUGCCCAAAUUGACCUCCUCUGGAAAAUGACUGACACUGUCAGUGCAGUAUCAAAAAUCCAUGGAAAGACUGACUUUUAUCAGAAGCAAAUGGAGGCACUAGAAACCAGAAUGAAUGUUAAUGAAGACAAACAAUGUGCAAUAACUAAAUAUAUCUUCUCUAUGAAAGAAGACAUUGAUGCUUUAAAGAAGAAGGUAACAGACUUGGAAAACCAGAAUUCUUGCUCCAGUAUACAUUGUUCAGAAGUUCUGGAAGGAGAAAGGGGUAAAGAGGUUAUGGAACUGCUUCACAAACUCAUACAACCACAACCUUUGAAGAACACAUUGGCUGCCACAGACUCUGAAAUCUCUUCAGCAGAACCAGAGAAAGUGCCAAGUUAUUCUGAUCCCACUAAUCAUCUUGAGGAAAAAACAAUUUCUCCAAAAGUUAAAAUUCUGAAGCAAAGUAACCGUCAAAAUGCAUUAAGAAGCUUUAAAAAAACAAAGUCAAAUAUUUAUAUUUACCCAGACUUUAGUACAUGGAUCAAGCUAACUUUUGUCCAUGGAGGAAAGUGGAGAUUUUUUCUCAGUGCUACCAAGUUAGAAGAAUUUAUCCAGUGGCUCCUUUCUAGGCCAACCAUCUCUCCUGAAGAACCACAACUCAUAACCCAGCGGUUGUGUCCAUUCUCUAGGCCCAUUGUGAGCUUGACCACAAUCUGUCUCUCUGUUUUCAACUACAUUUACUGUCUUUUUGGGUUUUCAAAGGAGGAAAUAACUCAACUAUAG